AUGGCACACGUUGGAGGUCCCCCACCGCCUCCUCCCCCACCAAAUUUCCGCCCCCCCGGACUCUUCCCUGGAGGUGGAGGUGGAGGUCAACGACCUCAACCACCACCAGGAGUUCGACCACCAGGAACGGGAGGUGGUCAUGGUCCAGGACCACAAUUGCCACCAAAGAUCAUUCAGCAAUCCAGCCGAAUUCGGGACAUCACUCCGCAAAAGCUUCUGACAGAGGCCGAUUGCCUGCAGAAGCUGACGACAUAUGCCGCAUUCAGUGUACGGAAAGUGCCCGCACUAUCACCCAAAGAAAGACCAUCAUGGGCCAGAGCCGAAGUGACAGAGGACCGCCUGGACCAGGCCGAUAUCAAGAAACAGAUCAAGAAGCUGGGCGAAAAGGGAAAGACUGUGGCAGAGAAGAGAGCAGCUCUCGCUCAGUUCCAGCAAGGCCAGGUGACCGCUCUUCUCGAUGACCUUGCUUCCAAGGAAACGGACAGGAACUUCGAAUGGUCCCUCGUGCAGAUGGACCGAAUUGAGAAGGAGGUCCCUAGCAUGAUGAAGCCGGGCAAGAAAGCAAUUGAGACUGUGGUGAUGAUACUGUAUAUCAAGCGAGCUCCGUUGCCAGGACUCAAUGCAGUGAUGAUGUUCCAAAACAUCGAGAAGAGACGAAUCGAUUCGCUUCGACCUCCCCCUCCUCCACCACAACAACACCCGCCACCACCACCCCAUGACUUCCGACCUCCGAGCGCACACGGGAACAAGAUGGGUGGACAAGAGCCCUUGUUUGUUGAUAUAGGCAAGGGACAUCAGAAAUCGCCCAAGAUGAGGCAUAGAGACAAGAGGUUCCAUGAUCGGGACGACUCGAGUACAGGAUCAUCGGAUUCGUUCGAUACUCUAAGUGACAGCGAAUCAGAUGCCAGCAGCUCGCUGGAUACGAGUAUCAGCGCCAGAUCUAACCAUGGGAGGAGGAGGAAUAGCAGAGCAGCAACACGCUCCCACAGCAGACACCGCCCAAAGUACUCUUUGGAGGACCGAAGACAGUCUCCUGAGCGAAGGCCAAGCGAUGCAUACGGUGUUCCUCACCACCCACAACAGCACCACCAACAGCAAGGUCCUCAGCGUCCAUAUGUCCCUGACGUCCCACGUGUUGUUCCGGCUUUCGACCCCAUCACUUCCGCAUAUCAAGCUGGGAAAGAGGAUGCUAGGGCCGAGUUAGGCGAUAGAAUCCAGUCUCCUGUCGCCCCUCAACCCGUUAUCAUCGAGCGUAUAAUCGAGAGACCACCAAUUGAGCGAGUCAUCGAGCAACCUCGCAUUGAACGCAUCGUUGAAUCUCCCAGAGCAGUGGUUUCGUACGCCCGCCUUCCCGAGCGUCCUCGCUACAGCGAACCUCGCUACGCGGAAGAGAGAUACGUCGACGACAUCCGUAGCCAAGAAGACGAGUACCUCAUCCGAAGACGAGAAGCCGAUGACCAUGCCAUCAUGAGGGAAGAGCGGAUGCGUCGCGAAGCCGAGGAAUACAUCGAUCGCCGACCUCUCGACAGACCCGAGUUCCUUCCUCGUCGACAGAGCUACUCAUUCCGAGGCGAUAGCUCACCGUCCAUCUCUCCAACUCGAGACAUUUUUGAUCGUAGACCCAGCGAUCCCAGGGAACGAGAACGAGAAUUCCGCAGGCCGGAAGCGAGGAGAGUCUUUACUUCUCCAAUCUCUCCUCAUCCGUUCGCUGCUCAGAAUCUUCCAAGACGUUAUCCGCCCAGCAUGUCUAGCGCCAGUUACGAUGACCGUGGCUGGUAA